AUGGAUUCAUCAAUACUCAUGCUGACAGUAUUUGAGAUGGCAGCGCCACUGUCAGCCCCGGCGUGUCGUGACACACCUGGAGGAGCGAGGAAGCAUCAUCCAGCCAGAUUCAAGUGCGCCCCUCCCUCCUCCCCACCCCGCUUCUCCCCCUCCGCCCUGCCUCCCCCCCACGCCCGCGCUCAAAGUGUGUCCCCAUCCCCACUCCUGCCCGUAUCUGACUGCCCCCCUCCCCCUCCGCCGUCACUGUCCCCCCACCUCUCUCCCCCGCCCCCCCAACCCCAUCCGCCGCCACCAUGCCCGCCCCAGCAAACUCCCCCCAGCCCCCCUGCGCCCGCACCUGCACCCACACCUGCGCCCACACCUGCGCCCGCACCUGCGCCCAUACCUGCGCCCACACCUGCACCCACACAUGCGCCCACACCUGCACCCGCACCUGCGCCCACAUCUGCGCCCAUACCUGCGCCCACACCUGCGCCCACACCUGCGCCCAUACCUGUGCCCACACCAUACGUAGUGGGCACCUUCCCCCCACCCUUAGUUGGUACUUUACGUCCAUUUGAGGACUCGGUGCGAGACGCAUGCAAGGAUUUACCGGAAGAGGAGAAGGAAUGGAUUGCUGAUGCGGUGCGAAACAGGUGGAAUAAUUCCAUCAACUGCGCGUUGCAUGUUGUGGGGCUCAUUCUUUACCCCCCUAACCAGUUUGAGAACAUUGUUGGCACCGACCGGGAGUGUUCCGACAUUUUCAGAGGCUUCAUCCGGGACUAUUUCAAAGGAGAGUUUGUAGUCGAUGAAGAUGGGGACCGGCACCCCGUUGCAACCAUUGUGGAGAGGGAAAUUAGGGCGUACAUGAAAGGGGAGGGGGAGCUUGGUGAGGAAAAGGCGCGGAUUGAGAAGGAGCUCAUCAAGAAAGGGAAGAUGGAUCCGGCUCAAUGGUGGGAGUGCAACGGAUCGCAUUUGCCCCACCUUUCAAAGCUUGCACCAAAGGUCCUCAAGCAGUGUGUUUCGGCAUCAGCUUGUGAAACCAACUGGGGUGAAUGGGAGGGGAUUCAUACGACCCGCCGCAACCGCCUCGGUGCAACAAGGCUCGCCGACUUGGUAUACGUAACGCACAAUUACAAGACCGUGCGAAGGCUGAACUCGGACUUUGAGAAGAAGCUGAAACUUUCAGCGCUGCCAACAAUCAGUGAACGCGAGAUACCGGAUGUCUAUGAGCCCAUGGACGACGAUGAUUUGGAAGAUAGUUGCUACAAGGAUGAUGAGGAUGGGAUGGCACCCAUGGAGAAAGAUUAG